AAGAUGAUAAGAAAUUGUCCGAAAUUUACUCUUCCAUUAAGGGGCCAUAUUUGCAUCUAAAAACAUAAAACACUUCAAUCCAUUUCUUAACAAAUUCUCUAUUCGAGAAAUUAUAUCUAAUUAAAAUUUUAUGUUUUAUGCAAUAGCAUGCAUACAGAUGAGCCAAAACAUUAUUCGCUUCACCUGUGAGUGGUCAUAACGUUGAUCAUUUCCUAACAAGGCAACAUGUCAAGGUCUGGGUAGAUUAGAUGGUAAGCAAACUAUCAGUUCUCGCAGUUAACAUGUUGAAUGGAGGUGGGUCGGAACUGGACCUUGGAGCAGUGGAAAAAGGUUGCCUGGUCUGAUGAGACCUGUUUUCUUUUACAUCACGUGUUUGGCCGUGUGUGUGUGCGCCGUUUACCUGGGGAAGUGAUGGCACCACGAUGCACUGUAGGAAGACGACAAGCCGGUGGAGUGAGUGUGAUGCUCUGGGCAAUGUUCUGCUGGAAAACCCUGGGUCCGACCAUUCAUGUGGACGUCAAUUUAAAACGUGCCACAUACCUAAACAUCACUGCAGACCAGGUGCCCAUGAUAAGUGGGAGAGGAUUAGCACAUACAGGUGGCACAUUGGAUAAGCUGGAGUCGAUCCCAGGAUUUAAAGUCAACCAGUCUGUUGAACAGGUGAAGCAAAUCCUACAGGAUGUAGGCUGCUGCAUCGUGGGUCAGACAGAGACUCUAGUGCCAGCAGAUCGUGUUCUGUAUGCGCUCAGAGAUGCCACUUCAACAGUUGAUAGUCUUCCUCUCAUCACAGGCUCUAUCAUUUCUAAGAAAGGUGCCGAAGGCCUCAGUGCUCUUGUGUUAGAUGUGAAAUUUGGCAGGGCUGCUUUAUAUAAAGAUCUGGACAGUGCUCGCCAUCUCGCCCAGGCACUCGUUACUGCAGGCAACAGCCUGGGUGUGAAGACAGGUGCAGUGCUUAGCCGGAUGGACGCUCCCAUUGGCCGAUGUGUGGGAAAUGCAGUGGAGGUGUGUGAAGCUCUUGAAUGUCUUAAAGGACGGGGGCCAGAUGAUCUAAAAGAAUUAGUCACUGCUUUAGGUGGAUACCUAUUAUGGAUAAGUGGCCACUCCCCCUCACUAGAGAUUGGGAAAAAUGAGAUUGCACUAAAACUGAAGGAUGGGGGCGCUUUAAAAAAGUUCCAGGCUAUGUUGGUGGCCCAGGGUGUGCAUGAAGAUGUUGCCUGUUCCCUGUGCUCAGACGGCAAUAAUAACUUUCAGCACAUGAAAAAGGCAGCAUAUCACACAGAUCUUAAGGUGCAACAUGAUGGUACAGUUUUGGAGAUUGAUGGUUUGGCCCUGGCCCAAGUGCUGCACAUGUUAGGGGCAGGACGGACUAAAUCAGGAGAGCAAAUCGAUCACAGUGUGGGAGCAGAGAUAUUGGUAGACAUGGGACAGCAGGUAAUGAAAGGUCAAUCCUGGAUCAGGAUUCAUCACAAUAGCUCAGAGCUGAGUACACAUCAUCAUUCUGAGCUGCAGACAGCUUUGGUCAUUGGCAGCAGCAACAGUUACAAGACAGAGUCACGUGUGGCAGAAUUCAUACCUCCCAAAUAAUCCUAACCUCACCAUAACACAGCCUCAGGAUGACUCCUACUGUUUGCGGACUACCAAAAGAUUGAAUUUUACCAGUAUACAGUGACAGUGUAUCUACAAGCAGCUGAAUUGCUGUGAUACAGGGUGGACAAAUUAGCUUAAGAUCAUUGUUGAUCUUUGAGCUCUGAAAAUGCGUCUGGAAAAUAUUUAAACAUAUUUGCUUACCAAUUGCUCAGUCCUACUCCUGGAAAUCUACUUUCCAACAAAGUUCAGUUGUAGCUCUGAUCAAACUCACCUCAACUUCACUUGAAAAUUACAGCCAUGCAUGUUGUUAAAGGAAGAUGGAUCUCUACGAGUUGGAUAGGCUGCCCUGGUAUAGUAGAUGAAUGCUGCCACCACUGACUUAUAGAAAGACUGCAGCUUUGCUUCACAAAACUCGACACCAGCUCUAACUGUAUAUUAAAGGAAUAUUUAAUACAAGUUUAACACAAUCUACAGCGUUUGUGUCAUAAUGUUGACAACCUAAAAAAAUUAUUUUGACUCUUAAAAAAAAAGAAGAAAAAAAACCAAGGUAGCGAGGCACUUACAAUGGAAGUAAAUGGGGGCCCAUUUUUUUGAGAGUUUAAAGGCACAAAUGUGAAGCUUAUAAUUUUAUAAAAGCACAUACAUAAAUGUUUCUGUUAAAACUCAUAUAUUAUUUGAGCAGUAAAGUUUAUCAUGGCAAUGAAGUUGUACAAUUGGAUAUAACUUUACACUGAAAAGGUUAGAAAGUCAUUUUAUCACACUAUCAUGUUAACAUGAAUAUUGUUUAUGUCUUGUUGCUAUACUUUUGAAAUAGUGAGUAUUUGAACAUUUACAGAUUGGCCCCCUUUCACUUCCAAUCAAAAUAUGCCACAAAUGCUGUGGAUUGCGCUUAAUUUGUAUUGAACCCGGAAUAUUCCUUUAUUGUUUAUUGAUAUAUAUUAUCAAUGUUGGUACCUCAAUUUUAUAGGCUUCCAAAUAAAUUGUGACUUUGCAUUUCUACUGCAUUAAGAUUCCUUCAGGCUUGCUUUGCAGAGAACACUUUGAUUUUAAAUAAAUUCGAUUCUGUUUAAAAGUUAAAUUAACUUAAAUUCCACAAUGUGAACCCUAUUUGGUUUUUCAAAAUGAACAUGCCAACAUAUUUCCAUAUUUAAUUCAGAACGUCUAUUUCAGCACAAUAGGCUACAAGUGGUUAUUUUAUAUUUUCAGUUACUUAGCCUUUCGUUGUCUAAUGUAAAAGAACCAGGCAGUGAUUAUGCGUUUAAUUUUUCUUUUUUCAUUAACUCCGCCAUUUCCAGAGGUCGAUUGGUCACAUAAACAUUGCACGCGUGACGCCAUAAACUUGCAGUAUAGUUUGUCAGGAUAUAAAAAAUAAUGAAACUUGAGAAAUGUCUUCGCGUUAACAAGCUUCAAAUUAAACAUGAUUCCACGGACAAAAGACUGUCUCGUUCAAACUUCUUUGUUCUUUUUCAUAUUCAAAUGUUAACGGUUACUAUUACGUAUGAAAUUGACAUCAAUCAUGUGAUCAAAAACAAGCGGGAAUAUUUGAAUUUCUAACAUUCUAUUAAACUGCCAAUUUAUUAGACAAAAUAAUAUUAUCCAAAUGACAUUAUACAGUAUAAAUACUGAAAAUGAGCUUAUCUUGAUCACUUAUUUAGAGAAAUAUUAUGAAUCUUUUGCUGUUUAUUAUUUCAGCAUAUCGUUUUUUUUAAUUAUUUAAAUAGAAUUAGGUUGAGGUAGAUGGAUACCUUUAGCAGCCAUUUAGUGGUAGGCCUACAAAUGUUUUGUUUUUUUUCAAGGACACAGGUCUUAAUGUAAUUUGCUUAAAAUGACAGCAGGUUUUGGAUUCAAUAUCUGCUUUAGACUAUAUAUUUCCAUUAGACUACUAACUUUUAAGUCUUCAUAUUAUUCAGGAUCCAACACUUUACAUCUGAUUACGUUAAAAAUUCACCGGGGUCAUAUUUCACAGCAAAAUAAAAAAUAAGACAAAUUUUGGGUAAAGAAAAUUAAGACUAUGAAGGCAUUGUGACAUCUUAAUGGCCCUAAAAAUAGGCUUCAUUUUCAAUAUGCAAUUUUUAUUAACCUUCUUUAAUUUUUGUGGUGUGAAAUUUCUUUGUGAGAGUCACCCAGUACUUUUGGCUACUCGCUAAUGGCAGUCAAUGUGUAACAUCAGAAAUUUAAAUAUG